AUUCUUAUUCAAAAUCCAGCCAAAUUUUUCACGGUAGAGAUCGAAAUUAUAGACGUUAAUGACAAUGGUCCGAAGUUCCAGGAAGAUCAGCUGCAGUUUCGAGUCAGUGAGUUAACGGCCGUGGGAACGCGGUACCCUCUGGAGGAGGCUCGCGACCCGGACGCGGGCGCGAAUUCCGUGCAGAGCUACGAGCUGAGCGGCGACGAGCACUUCUCGCUGUCCGUGCAGGCGGGCCCCGGCGGGGACCAGCGUCCCGAGCUGGUGCUGGCGAAGGCGCUGGACCGGGAGGAGGCGGCGCUUCACGAGCUGGUGCUGAGGGGGCGGGUGCGGGGCGCGCCGCUCUCGUCCUACGUGUCGGUGCAGGCGGAGACGGGCGCGCUGUACGCGCUGCGCUCCUUCGACUACGAGGAGGUGCGCGAGGUGGGGCUGUGGGUGCGGGCGGAGGACGGCGGCGCGCCGGCGCUGAGCAGCAACGUGUCGGUGCGGCUCGUGAUCGUGGACGAGAACGACAACGCGCCGCAGCUGCUGGCGGCGGGCAGCGGCGCCUUGCGCGGCGUGCCGGCCUCGCACUUCGUGGGCAUCGACGGCGUCCGCGCCUUCCUGCACUCCUACUCGCACGAGGUGUCGCUCACGGCCGACUCGCGCAAGAGCCAGCUCCGCUUGUCGGCCGGCAGCUGCUGCGACACCCUCCCGGCCCGGCCGCCGGCUGAGGCUUCAGGUGAGCUCGUCGCCACGGGCGAUCACGUUGCCGAGGACGGCGGCCAAGUGUCCUUUCAGGACGCGCCGCCGGGCUCGCCGGUGCUGCGCGUCUCCGCCUCCGACGCCGACGCCGGCACCAACGCCCGCAUCACCUACGGCUUCGGGGAAAUGCCGGCCAAGGUGCUUCAGAAGUUCGUGGUGGAGGCGGAGAGCGGGACGAUCACGCUGCGGGAGGCGCUGGACUUCGAGGACACGCGAGGCUACACGCUGCUGGUGGAGGCGAGGGACGGUGGCGGUCUGGUGGCGCACUGCAAGGUGGAGGUGGAGGUGCUGGACGUGAACGACAACGCGCCCGAGGUGACGCUGACGUCGGUGUCGAGCCCGGUGCCCGAGGACGCGCCGCCCGGCACGGUGGUGGCCCUGGUGAAAGUGCGGGACCGGGACUCCGGGGAGAACGGGCAGGUGUCGUGCGAGCUGCGGGGCGAGGCGCCGCUGUCGAUCGUGGCGUCGCCGGGCGGCUCGUACAAGGUGGUGACGGCGAGCGCGCUGGACCGGGAGCAGGCGGCCGAGCACCGGGUGACGGUGGUGGCCAGGGACCGGGGCAGCCCGGCGCUGUCGAGCCGCGCGGCGCUGGUGCUGGAGGUGUCGGACGUGAACGACAACGCGCCGGUGUUCGAGGAGGCCGCCUACAGCGCCUACGUGGCGGAGAACAACGCGGCGGGCGCGGCGGUGGUGCGCGGGAAUAGACAGCAGUUCUUUUCUCCUGCUGACUUUCUAGAAGAUGUUGUGUACACCCGUGACUUAACAUUUCACCUCCGUCUGGGGAGCCGGGGCUGGUGCCUCACUGUAGCACCGAGCCCGGAGCCGAACAGAGAGUGCAUUGGGCCCACUGUUGCCAGAGGCUCCUCUGGAGCCCCGGCGGAGCCGGGAGUAGCGCCGGAGUGA